CCUCUCGUCGGCAGCAGUAAUUUAUAGGCUGCCGCUGCACUCACUUCCUCUCUCAACAGUCAAGAACGCUUCCUCUCUCAACAACAAGAAGAAGAGAGUUCAGCUAAAACAAGAUGGCAGAAGGCGUGGUAUUCGCUGCUCUAUGCAAAAUUGGAUCUGUCUUGGCAUCAUCUGCAAGCAUAACAUUAGGUGGACGUUUAGAUGCAAACUUGACAAUAAUAAAUGAGAUUGAGAGUCGAAUAAAACAGAUCGAAGUUGAGCUCAAGUUGAUGCAAGCAUUCCUGCGCCAAGCGCAAAAACAAGAAGGCUAUAGCGAGCCCACUGAAGUCUACCUGCAGGAAGUAAGAAAAGCAGCUUUUGAAAUUGAGGACAUCAUCGAUGAGUUUCUUUACCUGUCUGUUAAGCACAAGAACAGGUUUUUCAAUGGGGAGUUCAUGAGUUACUUCCGUAAACUCGGUAAAACUUCUUGGCACAAAAUUGCUAGAGAGCUGAAGGAUUCGCAAUGUCACCUUCAGAAUCUCCGGAAUUUGUGGGUGCAGUAUGAGAUUCAGCUUCCAAAUGGCAAUAGAGUUUCAACCGAUGUGGAGGAUCACCGGCUUCCGCAUCAUCUUUCUUACCCAGCUGAUGAGAUGGUGGGUGUUGAACAAGAAAGAACAAUGAUGAUGAACUGGUUAAAAACAUGUUCGACAUCGGUUAUCACUGUCUGGGGUAUGGGAGGAUCUGGGAAAACCACUCUUGCCAAUAGUAUCUAUGAAGAUGAGAGAAUCAAGAAUCAGUUUGAUUGCCAUAUUUGGAUCACAGUGUCUCAGAAGUUCAACGCUUCUGACAUCAUGAGGAAGAUGGUACGUCACAUGUUGCAACGGUGUUCACCCAACAUUGAUAGCAUCGAUGGUAGAGACCUGGUAGAAAUCCUGAAGAGAACAUUAGAACAUAGAAAGAUUUUGCUUGUACUAGAUGAUGUAUGGAGCACAGAUGUUUGGAUGGACCUGGCAAGUACAGUUGAGAGAAGCAACAACAAUGGAAAUAAGGUCGUAAUAACGACUCGGAUCAAAGAUGUCGCUUCUUUGGCAAGCGAAGAUCAGGUUCUUCAGCUGCAAAAGCUGAAUGAUGCAGAUUCUUGGUGUCUCUUUUGCAGGUGGGCAUUCAAGAACCGCAUUGAUAGAUCUUGUCCUCAAGAACUAGAGUCAUUGGGGAGAGAGAUCAUGGUCAAGUGUGAUGGUUUGCCAUUAGCAAUUGUGGUUGUGGGUAACAUGCUCUCAUUCAAGAAACAAGAUAUGGAAGAGUGGAGCAAGUGCAAUGAUCAGCUAACCUGGGAAUUACGCGACAGAUUGCGCGACCAGGAGUUGAGUUCAGUGAUGAAGAUUCUGAAACUGAGUUAUAAGAACUUACCGAGCCACCUAAAGAAUGCAUUUGUGUUCUGCAGCAUCUUUCCAGAGGAUUACAUGAUAACAAAGAAAAGGCUGGUCAGACUAUGGGUUGCAGAGGGCCUCAUUAAGCCGGAAAAGAGAAGAACAGUAGAAGAAGUCGCCGAGGAGUACCUGAAUGAGCUGAUAGACCGAUGCCUGCUACAGGUUGUGGAGAGGAAGCACUUCAGAAAGGUGAAGGAAUUCCAGAUGCAUGACAUUGUGAGGGAGCUGGCCAUUUCCAUAUCAGAGGACGAGACCUUCUGCAUGACACAUAGUAAAUCGCACCCCGGUGAACCCGAAUACAGGUGCCGUCGUUUGUCGAUACAUGAGCACAAUGACAGGAUCAAGUCGGUUUCAGAUCCUUCUCGACUCCGCUCGCUCUACCAUUUCGAUGUAACCUGUUCUUCUUUUCCAUCUGUGGGUACACCAAGAAGUGCAAGGUAUCUGAAUGUUCUGGAGCUGCAGGAUGUUCCUAUCACAGUUCUGCCAGAAGAAUUGUCAGGCUUAUUUAACUUACGGUACCUCGGUUUGAGAAGAACAAAGAUCAAGCAGUUGCCACAAUCAGUCGACAAGCUGUUCAAUCUCCAAACACUUGAUGUUUACCUUACAAAUGUAGACAAGUUGCCAACUGGGAUCGCCAAGCUGAAGAGGUUAAGGCACCUUCUUGCAGGAAAGUUGAGUGCUCCACUGUAUUGCGGCAUUGUUGAGAAGUCCAGAGGUGUUCAAGCUCCAAAGGUGGUGUGGGAGUCUAUGGAGCUGCAAACUCUUAAGGGUGUUCUUGCAAACCUAAAUCUUGUGGAAAAUUUGGGACACAUGACUCAACUGAGGACAUUGGCGAUCGAAGAUGUCGGAGAAGAACACUAUCCCAAGCUCUUUGCAUCCAUCAGCAAAAUGCGCUCUCUACGCACACUGAAAGUUCUUUCAGCUGAAGGUAAUCAAGGUCUGAACUUUGAAGCACUGAGCUUACCACCACAGAAUUUACGCAAACUCCAUCUUACCGGAAGGUUUCACCAUGCUGUGAUGGAAUCCAAUUUCUUUCAGACAGUUGGAGCUAAACUGGAGAAGCUGUAUCUCACAGGAAGUAAGACGAACAUUGAUCCAUUGAUCUCCAUCUCCUGCCUCUCCAACCUGAAAGUGCUCCAGAUCGGAGAUGCAUACGACGGAGCAAGCUUCGUCUUCCAGAGCGGAUGGUUCCCCAAGCUCCACACACUCAUCAUGUGCAACUUGUUGCACAUCAAUUCGAUGAUCAUGGAGCAGCAGACGUUGCAGAACCUCCAGUGGCUUGCACUGGUCAACUUCCCUGAGCUCAAGGAGGUGCCUCAUGGCAUUGAGCUUCUCUUGUCACUGCAGAAUUUGAUGCUGGUGAACAUGCAUGAUGAGUUCAUGGAGCGUAUACAGGGUGAGGACAAGGAGAGAGUCCAGCACAUCUCCACUGUCAGGUUCUUGGACAGGAGCAGAGGCAUGGAGAAACGCCUGUUUCAAGAGUCAUAAAUAUAUAUACAGGCCAAGAAGAUCCAUUGGGCACAAUGAGCAGGCUAAUGGAUAGAUGUUUGAAUGAUGAUGAAACUGUAAGCUAUAGGAGAACUGAUCAUAUUUUAUGUAUCAUCUUAUCUUUGUCCGUGUAAACUCUAAAUCCAACAAAGGUGAUCGAUGCUGGCAUGUGUAACUACGGCGGUUUGGGUGUACCGAAUCUGGAGCUUAUGGGUAUAGCUCUUCGUUCCAGGUGGACAUGGUUGCAACGGACCUCCUCAAGCAAACCUUGGCAGGGGCUAGCCAUUCCGGGGUCGCAAAAGGAAAGGAACUUCGUUGCAGCCUCUACCAUCUGUCAAUUAAGAGACGGACAAACUAUCCUCUUCUGGGAAGAUAGCUGGUUGCAAGAGGGUUGCAUUCGGUCCUUUGCUCCGAACAUCUAUGAUAAAAUUCCACCACGCGUGCGCCGGUGUCGGACGGUGGCUGAGGCACUAACAGGUCGCCAAUGGAUCAAAGACAUCCGAGGAGCACUUGGGAUCCAACCUAUUCUAGAAUAUCUAAAGCUUUGGUCGCUUGUCCAAAUGGUGGAUCUUGAUCCUACUACUCCUGAUUCAAUCAUCUGGAAAUGGGAGAGUUCGGGCCAAUACAGCUCAAAAUCUGCCUAUAAGGCCUUGUUUUUUGGUCGUGUCACCUUCCUUUCCACCCCAAUUUGGAAGUCACUCGCUCCGCCUCGAUGCCGCUUCUUCUUGUGGUUGGUCGCAAUGAACAGAUGCUGGACUGCUGACCGUCUGCGCAGUCGAGGGUUGCCACACCCGGAUCGUUGUGUUCGUUGCGAUCAGUAGGAGGAAAGCAUUGAUCACAUCUUGGUAGCAUGCCCUGAAUCGAGACAAUUAUGGUGGUGGACGCUUCAGGCGAUAAGGAGGCCGAACUGCUUACCUGUCAAUGAGCCAUCCUUCCACAAUUGGCUCUGUGAGAGCCAAAUGAAGAUUGGGGAGCGGCAUCGUCGAGGCUUCGACACUGUCGUGACACUGGUGGCUUAGACAAUUUGGAAGGAACGGAACAACCGAAUCUUCAAUCAACAACAAAGGUCUUGGACCGAAGUGGUGAAAGCAAUGGCGGAGGAGGCCAUGCUUUAGAAGUCAGCUAAUCACGGGAUCCCCGCUGUUUGGCCUUUACGAGGUCGUGGUAGCCAAAUUUAGCGCGAGAUAUUCCUAUAGUUUUCCAUAGCGUCCUGUAUCGGUCCCCUGCUUGUUUUCCUUUUAUCUUUGUAAAUAACUUUUAUUUCUCUUAAUGGAAAAAAUGCGCUCCUUG